AUGGUAUAUGAUGACCUACUGGAGGAAAUUGAGGAGAAAGCCAUUCCGGCUUCUGACUAUAGACCACCGCUCAGCCGAUCGAAUUAUUACCGCCAGUCUCCCGUGAAGACGAGGUCGAAGUCUAUGAUGGCCUUUUCCUGUGAGCCAUCGCAGGAAUCACGAUUAUUAGAUUACGAAGACGAUGCCGAUGAUAGCUUGGACCCAUCCACUCCCAGUCGAGCGCCCCGUGACUCUCGGUCUCCUUGGCGUCAAGCCACAGCCGCCACAACCCGAAUAUCGACCAGAUCACAACAAUCGGCUUCAAAAGGCAAGUCUCGAAAGUACUGUACUCAACAGUGCCUUCGCGGCUUGCGUGGUAAGGGACCACUGGAUAGGAAAUGUCCCAACGCGAGCGAGCACGGAACCGAUCGACAUCAACUCAAUACCGUGAUGCUUAUUAAAUUAUUGGAUCGACAGCUCUCUGAGGACCCAGAACCGAACAAAGAGCUUGGAUGCGAAUCACUUCACAUAUAUGGCACGCGCGGAGCUCUUUUCAAGAUCACUCUCUGGUCGCAUGGGUAUACCUUUGUUGGGAAAGGUGUUCCGAUCGACUUCAUCGAGUGUGCUAAACGCGAGGAGAUGAUGUAUUCCCAUCUCCGUGCAAUUCAAGGGCAGUACGUCCCAGUCGUCUUGGUGGUCUCAGUCUUCGUCGACCGUUUUCAUAUGAUGGUAUCGCCAUGA